GAGAGAGAGAGAGAAAGAUGGGAAAGCAACUAAACUUUGCUUCAGCCGAAAGCUCUUCUUUUCCUCAGCCUUUAUGUCUUCUUCACAAUUUGUUAUUGUCAUUUUCACCAUAAUUUUAUCUUUCAAAAAUGCCCAUUUUUCUUUUUUGGGUUUCAUUUUCUCAUUUUAAUACUUUCUUUCUUUUCUCUCGUAUGAGACCUUCUUAACUUAACUCUCUCUCUUACUUUUCCAUUGUUUUCUCAGCUCCUUCUUCUUGUUGUUUCUUGAGAUUGUGAGCUUUUAUGGGCAUUUUUUAUUUUUCUUCUUCUUCUUCUUCUUUUCUUUCUUUAAAUAUUUAAAGGUGAAGACUUCAAGAUUGAUAUGGUAAAAGCCUAAAACGUCUCAUCUCCUUAAAGUAAACAUAUAUUUAUCACUUUUUUCAGUUCAAGCAAAAAGCUUUAUACCAUUCUAAAGAAAAGCUGAGUACAAGGUUGUUUCAGGUGAAUGAAAAGUAAAGUUUCAUAGCUAAGGAAUAAGCAUGGCCAGGCUAACACCACCAAAAAGCCCUUUAGUGAGUGAUAAGAACAACCACUCAGGUUGUAUGUGGAGCUUAUAUAGCCUCUUCGAAUUUCGACAAGGUAAUUCUAGAAGGAAGAUGAUUUCAGAUAAGAAGAUUUUCAAAAGAGAAGGUUUUGAUGAUGGAAAUGUUAAGCAGCAUGAUUUGCAUACCAGAUUUGGUGAAAAAUGCGAAGGAAGAGUAGCAGAUAGAAAUGAGAACUUUGUUGGGCCCAGUAUGGCAAAUGAAAACAAGCUUAGAAGGGAAGAUGAUUCUAUGAAUGAGAAGCAGAUACAUAAAAAGUAUAUGCACUCUACUUCUGAACAUGGUCAUUUAGGUAGGAAUCAUGGAAAGGCGAGUGGAACAGAUCGAGGGCAUUGUCAUGUUCCUAUGCACAGUCGGAUUGAUUCAGCAAAACAGAAGCAACUUCUUCAUAAAAAUGCAGUGGCUAAAAUUGUAGAUAAGGUAGAAUCAGGAAAAGGAAUUGGUAAAAAGGCGCGUCUCAAGAAAAGGAGAGGCUGCGGUUGCAAAAAUAUCGAUUUUGUCAACUAUGAUGAGCUCAACAAGAUUAAUCCACAGUUGCUAAAGGCUAAUGAUGUGGCUGAGGCAAUUGUGAAUCAGAAAUUUAUUGAAGGGAAGUACCUCAACAGAGAUGGAAUAAACCAGCAGUCUAACCAGUUAUUGGAUGCUUUAGAGAUUUUGAAUUCGAACAAGAAUUUGUUUACAAAACUCUUGCAAGAUCCCAAUUCUUUGUUAGUGAAACACAUUCAAGAGUUGAGGGAUUGUCAAGAACAACAACAGCAGACGAAAUCAUCUAGUCAAAAUUCGACAACCUGUGAUGAUCCACAGAGUUCUGACACAAUAGUAGUUCUAAAGCCUGGCUCAACAAGCUUGCAAGAUUCUUCUUCAGACAAAAUCAAUCAUUGCUCCUCACCAAAGUAUUGUCAUGGUGUGGAAAAACAUGUUCAAAGUGUUAGACCUGCCUAUUUUUCCCUUGGUCAUAUAAAAAGAAAGUUCAAACAUGCUAUGGGAGUAGCCAGAAAAGACCAGGACUUGAUGUCAAUUGAUGGUGUGCAAGUGCAAAAUAGAUCUUCAUCUCCCACUGAAGAUGGGAAUAAAGGAAAAGGCACGGAGACCAUAAGAAGAAACUUCCGAAUAGAAAAUAAAGAAGUCGAAGAUUAUUCUUUUGACAUCGCGAAAAGAGACAAGAUAGCCAAGCUAAAAGAUUUCAAAGCAAGAAUUGGACAAGAAACUGCUUCCAGGAGUGAAAGUGCUCAUGAAAACUCGAAUUUGUCGAAUUUUAGCCAUCCUAAGAGAAGUGAAUCUAGAAUAUACAUUGAGGGCCGGAGGCAUUACUAUGAAUCUGAAUUGUUGGACAACAAAAAUGAGGAUGGCAAUUUUUUUCCAAAAGAGGUACCGUUGUUUAUGCAGAGGACAGUCUCUUCUCCUGACUAUGACUUAUUGCCUAUACAAAGUCCUAGGAGUGACAUCAAGACUGGCUUUGUUACUGCUCAAAUGAGAUUUUCCCCCUACAGCUAUAGCCAAGUGGCCUAUGAGAACAGUUGGAGGCAUGAAAAAGAACAUAAAAGUAGCUAUUCAAGUUUGCUGAAUCGAAACAUAGAUUUGACAAAUGAUAAUAAUAAACUCAACAGUCAAUUCCAAGAUGUUGAUGAAAAGCUAUCUGAUCAUGCCCAAGUUCUUGAAGUUUAUUCGAGUAAUAGAGGACAAACAAAUCCAGUGGAAUUCCAAUGUGCAGAGAAGAAUGUUGACAUGGAAGCUACUAAUAUAAGACACUCAGAAGAAACAAGUUCUUCAAUGCUGUCUGCAUCAGAUAGCUCAGACGAUAUCUCUACCUCAGAUACUAGCGACGAUACACAGCAAAAAUCAACUGAUCUUUUGGAUGCACCAUCUCAAUCAUGUAACACUGACAAGAUUAGUACAAAUCAAAACACUGACACUACAAACACAGAUGAAGAAAAUGAAUGUUUUAAGUGCUCAAGAAUGGAUCCCUUGUUCGAGGAUCAACCUUCAACAUGUUCUACUGAGGUUUUACCUUCAACUCCAUCAAACAGUGUGAGAGUAGAGGAGGACCCUGAUAGAAUUAAAGAUGGAGGAAAUCAAUCAAGUCCAAUUUCUGUUCUUGAGCAGUUUUUCACAGAUGUUUCUAGUCCUCAAAGCACCAUGAGCCAACCUGCUUCUGCUCUUAUGAUCCCCCAUUUGGACACUGAAGUCAACAUAACCACUUCUUCAAAUCUUUAUGGAUCAAUCUCUGAGUAUGUAAAGGCAGUGUUGCAAGCGUCUGGCUUGAAUUGGGAUGACAUUGAUUUGAAGUGCCACGGAUCAGACCCGCUUCUCUACUCAUGUUUGCUUGACUCAUCAAAGUGUCAGUCUAGCCAAUUCUGUGGUGAUUGUAAGCUAAUCUUUGACUUCAUUAGUGAAGUUCUUCUAGAGGUUUAUGACAGUCAUUUCAGAUGCUCUGGUGGGCUCUCAUUUAUCAAGUUGAGCAUUGUCCAUUUGCUUCCAGUGGAGAAUUUUGUGAAUCAAGAAGUGAUGAAACGUGUAGGUUGGCAUUUGCAGCCACAUUCAUCUCCAAGAACAAUGGAGCAACUCAUUGGAAAUGACUUGAAAAGGUCUGAAACAUGGUUAGACAUCCGAGCCGAUGUUGUAGACAUCAUUGGUGAGAUGGUAGAAGAUACUUUGGAUGAGUUAGUGAUGGAAACCAUAGAUGAUAUGCAUAGUUAUUAGUUGAACAUCCUUUUUGAGUGAAGAUAUUAGUCAGCAAGAGGAGUAGAAUGGUACAACUCAACUUGGUUUGUAUGAACAUAACCAGAGUACUUGUAACAAUUUCAUUUGAUGGGUUCUAGCAUAAGGAAGCUUCUCCCUGAUUUAAAGGUGUAAAAUCCUAAAUUAGGAGUCUUUUUAUUAAAUAUAUUUUAUCAAUUUAAUUGGUAUUUUCGAAAUUCCAUAAGUAGAUUUUGUCUCUUUUUUGUAAGAAUAAAUUCUAUAUUAAGUGUAUUUUAUUUAGUUAAAGUUUCCUUAUUUA